UCUUGUAAAGUUUAUAUUAUAGGAAAUGGCAGAAUUUCCUGCUAAGGUUAGCACGGAGACAAGCUCACCCCAGACACGAGGAGGAUUGGGCAUUGAAUCGAACAUGGCUAUGGAUGUAUCAUUCAUCAAGACCUUUCCAGCCAUCCUCUUACUGACUGAAAUUGUACUGGGCCUGGUGGCGUGGGCUCUGGUAGCCAGUGCCUCCCACCUCUGGGUGCCAGCCACUGGCUGGGUACUGUUUGUGACUGUGACCCUGUGGCUGCUCACCAUCAUACUCUUCAUCAUCCUUUUUCUGGCCAUUAACCGGACCUUGACCAGCGUGCCCUGGCCCUUGGCUCUGCUGGUGUUUUACUCUGUAGCGACGGUGUUGUACUUCACCGCUUUUAUAGCUAACGCAGCCUCAGUGACUUCCUUUCGUUGGUACUCUCUGUACUACAAUAACAUGGCAGCUGCAGCGUUCUUUGGCAUUGUGGUGACUCUAGCCUAUGGUGCCAGUACAUUCUUUGCCUACAUGAGCUGGAAGGGCAAUCCAGUCAGCACAACAGUACCUGUGUAGAGACACACUCCUAACAUACACACAUAAACACACAGACUCUUGGAAGGGACUUGAGCGUGUUGUGCCAGAAUGAGACAAGAAGAGGUGGAUACCAGCUGACUGGACGUCUACGGCACAGAGGGCAUGAAAAAAAUCAACAGGAAAAUACCUGCGGCAGAAAAAAAAAACCUGCGUGACCUACAAACACAAGUGGCGGUGGGGAUACAAGCAGGACCGUUCACUGUGGUUCCAGUCCUUACUCUCUCCUCCGUACUCCACUGAAGGAUGCUGUCAUGACGACCGUGUUAUUACCCUACUCCUGUGUGCAAAAAGCAGCAUGCACGUGAACACACCCACACAUCCAUACACACACUCACACUCAGCAGCUCAGGUGUUUAUGAACUUAACAAUAUGAGAGCUGUGGCACUAAUGAGAUAUUUCUGAAGUAUGUCAUGUUAUGUGUAAUUGAG